GUCAAGCACCGCCUUUGCUAUCCAUUCCCAUCGCAUGGCACAUUCACCAUAGAGAAUGAGUCUUUCGAGUUGAUGGACGGUGUGCUGGGCAUGGCACUGUCCCCGCUGCGACCGGACGGCGAGCGCUACUUGUACUUCCACGCGCUCGCUGCCACCACAGAGAACGUGGUCAGCACCAGCCUGCUCAGGAAUGACUCCUUUAUUAAGAACAGUAAUGCGCCAGCAAAUUCUAUGAAUCCUUUCCCGGAGGAGCGACCAAAUCAGUCAGCAGCUCAAGCUAUGGACCGCAACGGUAUCCUCUACUUCGGGUUGAUGGACCCACCCAGUGUCUGGUGUUGGAACUCCGCUACCGAGUUCUCUACAAGGAACUUCCAUCCAAUAGCAAUUAACAGAGAGACCCUGCAGUUCGCUAGUGGCGUCAAAGUCGUCAAUAACCUGAAGGGGCAGCAGGAACUCUGGGUGUUGACCUGCCGCUUCCAGAAAAUAAUGACGGAAACGAUCAAUGCCAACGAGGUCAACUUUAGAAUUAACGCCGAGAAGAUCCCGAUAUUACUCAAGAACUCUCCUUGCGCUAUGCCCCCAAAGGAUCAGAAACAUGGACACCAUGCCAAUAUGAUAACACCGAAGGAGAACAGCUAUAUUACCUACAGAUAUGGUGCAUAUCUCUAGAGGUACGUGCUAUGAUGGAAAAUUUGCUCAACACCUUUACAUACUACAACUAUUGGUUUUAAUCUGCAUACUAAUCGAGCAAAAUAACGCGAGUCCUGAGUUCGAUGUCGUCACAACAAUACAGUAAACAAAAAUUCAAGCGUGUCGAUGUUUGCACAAGUGCAGCAAUUAGCAAGUAAUUUGUAGAUGUAAUAUGUAUAGUAAAUAAAUUAUUUUAAUUAGUUAUGUACGUUA